CCUGCAUAUGGCGGACGCUCAGUUUGUGUUUAUGUCAAUAAGGAACUGAUUUGUAACAUUUGCGCGGGUGUGGAUUAAUUAAUUUAUUAAGAAUUAUGUGUUAGUGAAAACUGUGUAUUGUGUGUUUUUCGUGAUAAUGUUUUCUGUUAUUGGACUUUUGGAUGACCUCUUAACUAGAGUGUACUUUUAAGGACAUUUAGUUCCAGAACAGAGGGUUUUUAUUUUAAUGGAGGCCACAACUACACCCGCGCGGCCCGGCGCCGGUAAAAUGCGAGAGCGGCGUCGCGCGCUCCACCGCACCGCCGCUCUGCUCUUCACCUGCCUCCUCUUCAUCAAUCCUCAAGUCAACGCUGCUGAGGACGAAAAAGAAGAAACCGAGCCGCCUCCGGAACUGGUGACAGAAGAUAUACCGCCAAUACCAGCAGUACCUCCCGUCAACGAUACUGGAAAUAUUUUUAUUCGUUACCUCACACACCCGCCGGAGAUCACGAUCCGCCCCCGAAACCUGCAAGUACGCGCGAACGGCAUCGCCGCGUUCUACUGCGCCGCCCGCGGCGACCCCAUACCGAACAUACAGUGGCGAAAAAACGGAAAACGAGUAUCAAAUAUGCAGUCCCGGUACCAAGUAUCCGGUAUGGACGCGGCGGCGGGUCCCGCUGCGAACGGCGCUGUCCUCCGCAUCGAGCCGGUGAGAGCGACGCGCGAUGACGCCACCUACGAGUGUGUUGCUGAGAACGGAGUGGGCGAUGCUGUCACUGCGGUUGCGACCUUAACUGUCUUCGAAUCUGAUAAAGUCCCUCCUGGUUUCCCGAGCAUCGCGCCUCCGCCAACGACCAUGGUUGUGGAAGUUGGCCACACUGCCACACUUCCCUGCCAGGCCACCGGCAACCCCACCCCGAAGGUCAAGUGGUUGUUGAACUCGCUACCACUGGACGUCAAUUCCAAUCCCAGAUAUACGUUACUGAAUGACAAGAUGCAUGGUACAUUGCAAAUAGUGAAGAGCGAGGAGAACGACCAGGGCAAGUUCGAAUGCGUCGCUGAAAACGCUAUAGGAACUGAAUUCGCCAAGCCCACUUCGUUAUACGUUAAAGUGAGACGUGUGGCGCCACAGUUCUCUAUACCACCACCUCCGCGUACUGAGGUAAUGCUGGGCGGCAACCUGACUCUCAAGUGCGUCGCCUUCGGAUCACCCAUGCCGACUGUGAAAUGGAAAAAAGGUCUGACCCAAUGGUUGACGCCCGAGGACAACCCACCGCUUGGACUCAACACUCUAAAAUUGGAAGACAUCAGGGAAUCUGCGAAUUAUACGUGCGAAGCGGCCAGUGUGCUUGGCGUCAUUGAAACCACCGCCGAAGUUAAAGUUCAAACGCUGCCCGGCCCACCCACUGAAGUCAGAGCCUCUGAGAUCACAGCAACCACCGUACGGCUAGCUUGGACCUACAGCGGGCCAGAAGAGCCCCAUUACUACGUUAUACAAUACAAACCAAAAUACGCUAAUCAGGCAUUCAGCGAGAUAUCAGGAGUGAUCACACAAUACUAUUCGGUGACAAACUUAUCACCGUACACCGAGUAUGAAAUGUAUGUGAUCGCGGUGAACAACAUAGGCCGAGGACCUCCUUCCGCCCCGGCUGUCAUCACCACUGGUGAAACCGUGGAUUCCUUGUAUGGAGGUGCCAAACCUGGCUCCGCGCCUAGAAACGUCCUGGUCAGACCCCUCAGCUCAAGCACCAUGGUCAUACAAUGGGACGAACCAGAGACGCCUAAUGGGCAAGUUACGGGGUAUAAAAUCUUUUAUACCACAGACCCCUCGCAACCAUUACAAUCUUGGCAUUCGCAAAUGAUGGACAACAGUCACCUGACGACGAUUAGUGAGCUGACGCCACACACGGUGUACACGAUACGCGUGCAAGCGUUCACCUCCGUGGGCCCGGGGCCUAUAUCUGCGCCUGUGCAAGUAAAAACUCAACAAGGUGUACCAUCUCAGCCGUCGAAUCUCGUAAUGGUGGAAGCUGGAGAGACAUCAGUGACACUGUCGUGGCGACGUCCCACACACGCCGGAGACAACAUCGUCUCCUACGAGCUCUAUUGGAAUGACACCUAUGCGAAAGAACAUCAUCGGAAGCGGAUACCGAUAACAGAAUCGUAUACACUCAACGGUUUAUAUCCGAACACAUUGUACUACAUUUGGCUGGCGGCGCGGUCACAGCGCGGCGAGGGGGCGACCACACCGCCGAUAGCAGUCCGAACCAAACAAUAUGUUCCUGGAGCGCCCCCUAUGAAUGUCACCGCGGUGCCGAUAUCACCUACUGCGAUUCGCGUGUCUUGGCAACCGCCACCCGCCGAACGGGCCAACGGAAGAAUCGCAUAUUACAAGCUGCUUUGCGUGGAAUCAGAGAGAGGGGACUCUGAAGCGACUGUCGUGAAAUUGAACCAAACAUCUUUCACGUUGGACGAGUUGCGCCGUUGGACCGAGUACCGUAUUUGGGUGCUCGCAGGCACCAGUGUCGGCGACGGACCCGCCUCGUACCCAGUCACCGUGCGCACACACGAAGACGUGCCUGGGGAACCACAAGACGUUAAAGUCAGCGCGAUCAACUCCACAUCUAUACACGUAACAUGGAAGCCGCCUCAGGAGAAAGAGAAAAAUGGAAUUAUUCGAGGUUAUCAUGUACACGUACAGGAAAUUAGAGAAGAGGGUAAAAAUUUUCUCAACGAUCCAAUGCGUUUCAAUGUUAUGGAUGAAACUACGCUUGAGUUAAAUAUAUCUGGUCUCCAACCUGAUACCAGAUAUAAUGUUCAAGUAGCUGCUCUAACAAGAAAGGGAGACGGAGACCGAAGUACGCCAGUGUCAGUAAAGACACCUGGCGGUGUGCCAAACAGGCCUACUGUCAACCUUAAGGUAUUGGAGCGAGAACCUAUUGUAUCAAUAGAAAUAGAAUGGGCAAGACCCUCACAAACCUAUGGAGACUUGCUUGGUUAUAGACUGAGGUACGGUAUUAAAGACCAUCCUCUUGAAGAAGAAAAUUUUAGUACUAAAAUAACUUCACAUAAAAUAACAGAUUUGGAAAGAGGCGUUCAAUAUGAAUUUAGAGUUGCUGGUAAGAACCAUAUUGGUAUUGGUCAAGAAAAUAUCAAAUAUUGGCUUACGCCUGAAGGAGCACCCAAAGGACCGCCAACUAAUGUUACUUACCACUUUCAAACCCCAGACAUAAUUAGUGUUACUUGGGAACCACCAAUUAGAGCAGAUAGAAGUGGUCAAAUAAAAAAAUAUGACGUCCAAUUUUAUAAAAAAGGUGAUCAAUCUUCACUUAUUGAGAAGAAAACAGAAUUAACUAAAGCAGUAUUUACUGCGCUAGAAGAGGAUGCACACUACGUUUUUAAAGUUAGGGCUUACACAGAUCAAGGUGUGGGACCUUAUAGUAAAGAUGUUACGGCUCAUACUGAGAGGGACAUCGGUAGAGCGCCUAUGUCAGUAAAAGCUGUUGCAACUUCAGAAUCUAGUGUUGAAGUUUGGUGGGAAACAUUCCGCUCAAGAAAGAAAAUUAUCGGCUAUGUUAUUUUUUACACUAUGACACCAGUAGAUGAUCUUGAUGAAUGGAAACAGAAAAGUGUUCAUGUAACGCACUCUGCUGAUUUAGAAAAUUUAGAGAAAUUCGCUGAAUAUACCAUCGCCGUAGCAGCUAAAACAGCAGAUGGUCUUGGUAGAUUAUCUGAAAAGGUUACUGUUAAAGUGAAACCAGAAGAAGUGCCUUUGAACUUAAGGGCUCAAGAUGUGUCCACUCACUCCAUGACGCUUUCAUGGUCAUCCCCGUUACGCUUAAAUCCCGUUAGUUAUAGGAUUUCAUACAACGCUAUUAAAGAAUUUGUGGAUUCGCUAGGUAUGACACAAACACAAGAAAUACCCAAAAGAGAAAUAAUAGUAAAACAUGACAGAACAUCAUAUUCAAUUAAUGAUCUAUCUCCAUUUACGACAUAUAAUGUAAAUGUAAGCGCCAUUCCUAAUGAUGAUUCAUACAGACCUCCAACAAAGAUUACUGUUACGACACAAAUGGCAGCACCAAAACCUAUGGUUAAACCGGACUUCUAUGGUGUUGUUGAAAAUGAAAUAUUGGUUAUUCUACCUCAAGCUUCCGAAGAAUAUGGUCCUAUUUCACAUUAUUAUCUAGUUGUAGUACCAGACGAUAAAGCGCAUAAUCAUAAGAAUCCAGAUCAGUUUCUAACUGAUGACCUGAUUAAAAGUAACGUCAGAACUGAUGACGAAAAUGCUCCAUAUAUAGCUGCCAAAUUCUUGCAAAGAAAUAUUUUAUACACUUUCCAUCUUGGAAAUGAUGACAUGUACGAAGGCUUUCUAAAUAGAAAAUUAAAUCCAAGUAAGAAAUAUAGAGUGUUUGUGAGAGCUGUUGUAGAUACACCUCAGAAACAUCUUUAUACAUCCAGUCCAUUUUCGGAAUAUUUGUCCCUUGAUAUGCGUGAAGCUCCUCCUGGAGAAGAACCUAGUCGACCUGACCCUAAAGAUAUUAAUGGAGAUCCGGAGAUUAGAAUCGAGGAAAAUAAGAAAGAAGCUGGUAUGGUGUGGGUCAUUGGGCCCAUAAUAGCUGCUUUGAUGCUUUCUUUAUGUUUAGUUCUCUUAUUUAUCCUAAAAAGAAGAAGGCAGCCAUGCAAAACACCAGAUCAAGCAGCUGUAACGCGACCUUUGAUGUCAUCUGAUGUAGGAUAUGGAGCACCAUCUGACCCCGUGGAAAUGAGACGUUUGAAUUUCCAAACCCCAGCUAUGAUCUCUCAUCCUCCUAUUCCAAUCUCGGAACUUGCUGAACAUAUCGAAAGGCUAAAGGCUAAUGACAAUCUUAAAUUUUCUCAAGAAUAUGAAAGUAUAGAGCCAGGCCAGCAAUUUACUUGGGAUCAUUCUAAUAUGGAAGUUAAUAAACCUAAAAAUAGAUAUGCCAAUGUCAUCGCCUAUGAUCACAGUCGUGUUAUCCUGCAACCCAUUGAUGGAAUACUUGGAAGCGACUACAUUAAUGCUAACUACUGUGAUGGUUAUCGUAAACAUAAUGCCUACGUUGCAACUCAAGGUCCGCUUCAAGAAACUUUUACUGAUUUCUGGAGAAUGUGUUGGGAACUCAGGACCUCUACAAUUGUAAUGAUGACGAAAUUAGAAGAAAGAACGCGAAUCAAAUGUGAUCAGUAUUGGCCUAGCCGCGGUAGCGAAACGUAUGGCAUGAUGACUGUAACCAUCGCGGAAGUUCAGGAACUUGCUACUUAUUGCAUACGAACGUUCCAAGUUACGAAAAACGGAGGUGCUGAGCGAAGGGAAAUUAAACAACUUCAGUUUACAGCUUGGCCUGACCAUGGAGUUCCAGAUCAUCCUGCUCCUUUCUUGCAAUUCUUACGACGUGUACGAGCCUUAAAUCCACCCGAUGCCGGACCUCUAGUUGUUCACUGUUCCGCUGGUGUUGGUCGAACAGGCUGCUUCAUUGUGAUCGAUUCUAUGUUAGAAAGAGCUAGACAUGAACGCACAGUUGAUAUUUAUGGUCAUGUAACUUGCCUACGCGCUCAACGCAACUACAUGGUGCAAACUGAAGACCAAUACAUUUUCAUCCACGACGCUUUACUUGAGGCUGUUGUCUGUGGAGAUACUGAGGUGCCAGCUCGUAAUCUGCACGCUCAUAUCCAAAAGCUUAUGCGCAUUGACUCAAUUGAAAAUAUUACUGGUAUGGAAUUGGAAUUUAAGAAGUUGGCCAACAUGAAAGCUGACUCCAGCCGAUUUGUAUCGGCCAGUCUCCCAUGUAAUAAACACAAAAAUAGACUGGUUCACAUUUUGCCAUAUGAAUCUAGCCGUGUUUGUUUGACACCCCGUGAUGGUUCAGACUAUAUUAACGCAUCGUUUGUUGACGGAUAUCGAUACAGAUCGGCCUAUAUCGCAACCCAGGGUCCGUUACCGGAUACCACAGAUGAUUUCUGGCGAAUGCUAUGGGAGCACAAUUCCACUAUCAUUGUUAUGCUAACCAAAUUGAAAGAAAUGGGCAGGGAAAAAUGCCACCAAUAUUGGCCAUCUGACCGUUCUGUACGCUACCAAUGCUUCGUGGUGGAUCCCAUCGCAGAAUAUAACAUGCCUCAGUAUAUAUUGAGGGAAUUCAAGGUAACAGAUGCUCGCGAUGGAGCAUCCAGAACGGUUCGUCAGUUCCAAUUUACCGACUGGCCCGAGCAAGGUGUACCGAAGAGUGGCGAAGGUUUCAUCGAUUUCUUGGGUCAAGUUCAUAAAACAAAAGAACAGUUUGGGCAAGAUGGACCCAUUACUGUUCACUGCAGUGCGGGUGUGGGCCGCACGGGUGUGUUCAUCACGCUGUCGACGGUGCUGGAGCGCAUGCAGUACGAGGGCGUCGUCGACGUGUUCCAGACUGUCCGCACGCUGCGUACGCAGCGCCCCGCCAUGGUGCAAACUGAGGACCAGUACGACUUCUGCUACCGCGCGGCGCUGGAGUACCUUGGAUCGUUCGACCACUACGCCAACUGACGCUGAGACAUGCUCGUCUAACAACGGAACACUGAUCACGCUUCACCUUAUUAUGUACUUAACUUUCCCGCCAAAAAUAUUCUUUAUACGUUUGACGUAUCAGCAAACGAGCAUUGACGUAUUAAAUCUAUUUUUUUAAUUGAUCUCAUUUACAUUACAAAAUCUAUUUGCAAUAAAUUUUAAAUAUUAUGUUAAAAAUGUCUAAAUAAUAAUGUUUUGUUUAUAUGUAAAUAAAGAAAAUCAUCAAAUCAUUUCGUCUAUUUGCUCAUUUGCUGAUAUGCUCUAAAAUAACUAAGGAAUUCGUUUCCAAAAAAAAAUAUUCCGAGCUAGAAUAAUAAGAAGAUUAAUUAGCCAUCCAUUUCUGUAAAUUAAUGGUGUUUUAGUCGUGUUUAUUUUCAAUCGACCCACGACACUGGCCAACUUAGAACUCCAUUAUUAUUCCUGUACCGUUGUCAUCGUUGCUUUUAUUAUCUGUGUCCUUUGAACUUGACAAGUGACAGAGUUCCACAACACUAGCCCGUAGUGUUGUUCCCACGACACCGACUGAUUGUACUCAUCUCGUUCACUUAAAUUGUAUACCUAAUGAGGCUAACAUGUAUGAGUGCCUAGGAAAGCUACUUAUGAUGUAUAUUUACGUAUGUGACCACUAUUAAAACAUGAUUGUGAGUCGGAAGGGUAAUAACUAUAAUUAAUUAUUAUCCUAUACUUAUGAUAGACCUAAACGCAGCUGUUCGUGCUAUUUUUAUCUCUUAAAUGGAACAGUCUAUAGUCCAUAUAACAGUUGAAACAUAAUUAGAAAUAUAUUAACAACACUUACGAUGUAUUUAAAGAUCGGUGUACCUACUGUUACGCGUAAAAAUUAUAAUUUGCAAUUUAAAGUUAAAUUAGUAAAAGAAACAGUGCGCUUAGAGAGUUAAAUAAAUUUACGCGAUAUAUUCAAUUCUGAUCGUCACAUAUAUACAGACAUGAUAUUUAAAAUGUAUAAAUAGUUAUUGCAGCUGUAAUUAGAAGUUUAUUUUUCAUAUCGGGUGUUAAAAUAUAUUACUAAGUAGUGUAAAUUGUGGUAACUCGUUUCAUUAUUGCAAUACAUUAUUAUAAUAACUCUUUAGACGAAUCGGCUGUGUCAUGUGAAUUUUUGUGUCAGUCCUGUGCGUAGAACACAAUAUGUAAAUAGUGUUAUGAAUUCUUUUUUUUUUUUUGCUUUAUUUUUAAUUCUUGCCUCAUGUAUGUAACUCUGGCUGCUAAAAUUAUGUUUUUAAACCUAUAAGCUGUUUAUGAUCUUUUUCUUAUUAUUAUUAUUUUUUAUAGUAGUUCUCUAUAAUUGCUUGCUUUUAGAAAAUCGUGAUUUGAUGACAUAUCUAUUUGUAGGUAGAAAAAAAUGUUUUUGUCGAUGUGGUAAGGUUUGAACAUGUUAAGUAAAUGGAAUGUGACUCGAACUUUUGAAUACUUAAUAGGUAAUUAACGUCUGAAUAAAAAUUAAAAGUUGUGAAUAAUAAAGGAUAUGUAACAAAUAUUGUAAACGAUAUUAUGCUCCAAGGGAAUGUAUUAUUUUAAGCUUUUUUGGCGUUAUCGUGUACAUGAACAAUACUGUCUUAAUUUAUCCAAGAUACGUAAGGACCUUUAAUUAUUCCAAAAGUAUAUAACUCUUGCGACUCUAUCACCACUAUAUUAAGCUAUCUUUAAGUCUAGGACGUUGUUUAAUAUUUUACAGUAAUCCCUUUGCCUAGUAUCGUAUAAGAUUUUUAGGUUUUUCACUCGUUUUAUACAAUAUACCUACUACUUGUAUCGAUCUACCUAUGUAUAAGUUAAAUUUGAGCUUGUAUGUAUGUAACAUAGGUAAUAAAAUGCGAUAAAAGCGCGGUCUUCGAACGUAAUACGUAGUUGCGUGGACAUUUUAAAAUGAGAACAUUUCUAAAAAUAAUAAAACGUUAACUAAAUACGUCUCGAUUUGGCCGCUUAAUUCGGCCGGUCGUUCGUAACUGCCAAUCGUUUCACUUAGAUAUAAUUGAAGUAAAUUAUAAAACAAUAAAAUACGAAACGUACGUAGAAUUAAUGAGAAUAAUUGUUAAAUUGAGGUUAUAGUGAAAAUUUAAUAAUCGUUGAUGAAUCAUGUAUUUAGCUGGGCUCGGAGUAUUUACACGCCGAUAGUGUGGGCAAUCCUAUUCCUUUGCCUAAUGCAGAGCUAAAAAACUUAUAAUACCUAUUGGCACGUUUUGCUUAACAUAAUUUUAUAAGUAAUUGUCUAGCCUCAUUUUAUUGUAUAUUCAUUCCUUUUACUGUUUAUAUUAAGUUGUAUUGUAUUUAUAUGUAAGUAAUUAUCUUCUAUUUUCACAUUAUGUGUUAAUCCAUCAAGAAACAAUCCAUAACGCACACAUCAUCAAUC